AUGAGAUUCACAAUCCAAGCAACCCCAAGAAGCAAGCUGCGACUGGACAUAGCGAUAUGUUCUCUGGUAGCUCUUACAUUCAUCCUCAUCAUUGCCCGAGUAGCCAACAAAGGCACACCUUCAACAAGAGCUAAUACAUGGGGAAUUGCAGUGUGCCUCAAAUCUGCAGUCUCACUAGCGUACCAAAUGGUGACAGGGCACGUGGAUCGCUUCAAACGAUGGGGAAGCACGAAAGCCAACAAGAUUCUCACCAUAAUCGACACGGUUUUCUGGUUUGCACUAUUCAUCAUCAGUAUUCUGGGUACUUCGUCGUCGCACAGUACGAGUAGUCGGGCUUUGGGUGUUAUUGUCAUCCUACUGGCAUUGGUUCUAUGUGCUAUUGAUUGCGUUCAGAGCUAUAUUUGCAUCCGUAUUCGGAAGCAUUUCAAGCAAUAUGGCGUGCUUCCGGAGGAAACCGCAAUGAAGAGCUCAGGUUCCGUCUAG